AUUACAAGGGCAGGAAAAAGUACGGCAGACACAAAAGUCGGAACAGGGGACGCGUGGAAAACGAAUUACCAAAGGUACACGGACCAAGCAGUCCUCAAUCACUAAAAAGGGAGAAGAAUCGUUUGAAGAAAAAAAGGAGUCGUUUGAGUGACGGGAGAAGUCUAAGCCGUUAGCGUCUACGUCACUAGGAAACAGUUGCCAUGGUUCCCGUCUACAACCCGUGCUGAAUGUAAGUAGGAAGUGAUGAAGAUGCAGACGGAGUGAGCUGACCAGGGAGGGAGAGGAGUGAACUACAGACUAUCCACUGCAAUCACACUGAGGCACUUUUAUCUAUCACAGGGGAAAUCACAUCUCACAUGCUACACGCUACCAUCACAGACUAGAAGAUUGAUGUGGACGUUGAAUGUGAGCUUUAAUGCUGGAGCAUGCAGCAGCAGCAUAUGUCAGGGCUUCCUCUGCAGACAAGGGUAAAGUGCAGGCCUGUAGGUCUUCCUGUCUUGAACGUGGACAGACUAAAAGCAGCCAAGGCUCUAGUAGACAAGGCCGUGAAGUGGAAAACGAAUUACCAAAGGUACACGGACCAAGCAGUCCUCAAUCACUAAAAAGGGAGAAGAAUCGUUUGAAGAAAAAAAGGAGUCGUUUGAGUGACGGGAGAAGUCUAAGCCGUUAGCGUCUACGUCACUAGGAAACAGUUGCCAUGGUUCCCGUCUACAACCCGUGCUGAAUGUAAGUAGGAAGUGAUGAAGAUGCAGACGGAGUGAGCUGACCAGGGAGGGAGAGGAGUGAACUACAGACUAUCCACUGCAAUCACACUGAGGCACUUUUAUCUAUCACAGGGGAAAUCACAUCUCACAUGCUACACGCUACCAUCACAGACUAGAAGAUUGAUGUGGACGUUGAAUGUGAGCUUUAAUGCUGGAGCAUGCAGCAGCAGCAUAUGUCAGGGCUUCCUCUGCAGACAAGGGUAAAGUGCAGGCCUGUAGGUCUUCCUGUCUUGAACGUGGACAGACUAAAAGCAGCCAAGGCUCUAGUAGACAAGGCCGUGAAGGAAAAGAAGGUGUUCUCAGUUCAGGGUCCAUACUCUGUGAUUCGGGCGGGACUGAGAGCCAGAGGCUGGGUGGAGCGUCGACUUCCUCGCCACUCUUUGAAGGGUCAUUGCCAUGGAAACCAAGAGACAGGGGGCAUGGAGGAGACUGACAGCAGUGAUGAUGAUGAUGACAGAGGACCAAAUGAAGACAGAGAGGAUGACACUGAUGACAUGCACAACCUCAUGUCUCGUCUAGUGCGCAACGAAACCACAUACUUCUACUGGACAACAAAACGGGAUACAGUUGACUAUCUGUCAUUACAGAAAGACCAGAUGACUAAUCACUAUGCAAAAGCAGGAUCCUUCACCACCAAGGUGGGCUUGUGUAUAAGUUUAAGAAAUCUGCAGUGGUUUGACUCGACAGACCCUGACACUUUCUUCCCACGCUGUUACCGGCUUGGAGCAGAAGAUGAAAAGCAAGCAUUUAUCGAAGAUUUCAGACGUACUGCGUGCACAAGCCUGUUACGGUAUGUUGUAGAAAGAGCUGAAGGGCAAAGAAAGGAUGAGAGAACAGAUAAGCAGUGCAAGCCACAAGCCCAGCAGAGGGUUGGAGCAAGGUUGAUUGAGACAGCACUGCACGUGUGUCAGGAAUAUCUCAACAGUCUGGACCAUUGUGAUAUAGACAUCUCACUUCAAUCCCCUCCCACCCUCUCAGAGCAACAGUGGGAAGAUUUUAUCCAGAACUACUACCUAGUCAUUCAUAAUGGACUGAUAUUAGAGGGAUGUAAUGAGUACCUAGAUCGCUCCAGGUCCAUGUUAACCCAAAUGCAGAAGGUCUGUCCACAGUUGGAGACCGAUGGACUCACUAACAUCUGGAUUAUUAAACCAGGAGCCAAAUCACGUGGCAGGGAUAUAGUGUGUAUAAACAGGCUAGAGAAGAUCCUGAGUUUAGUAGCGAGUGACCCUGCUAUGGUUAAAGACAGUAAGUGGGUGGUACAAAAAUACAUCGAGCGUCCUCUGCUGAUUCACGGCACCAAGUUCGAUCUAAGACAGUGGUUUCUUGUAACGGAUUGGAAUCCUCUUACUGUUUGGGUUUACAACGAGUGUUACCUUCGGUUUUCCACACAACUCUAUUCCACCCACAGACUGGACAGUUCUGUUCACCUCUGCAAUAAUUCCAUACAAAAACAUUUCCAGCCGGAUGUAGGUCGUGACCCAUCGCUGCCUGCUGAGAGCAUGUGGUCAUGUUCUGAGUUCCAGUCCUGGCUGGCUGCCUCAGGCCGUGACAGUCUGUGGGAGGAGGUGGUGGUUCCAGGUAUGAGAAGAGCUAUCAUCCAAACGCUCAUGACAGCACAGGAUAGUGUGGAGCCUCGUAAGGCCAGCUUCGAACUCUAUGGAGCAGACUUUCUACUGGGGCAGGACUUACACCCCUGGCUCUUGGAAGUGAAUGUUAGCCCAACUAUGGCCACUUCUACAGUUGUUACUGCUCAACUCUGCCCCGCUGUGCAGGAGGACACACUGCGCGUGGUUCUGGAUCGACGCUAUGACCGCAAUGCACAUACUGGAGGCUUUCAGCUCAUAUUUAAACAGGCAACAAUUGAAGUUCCUCAGUAUGUUGGUGUCAAUCUUCUAGUGGAAGGAGCUCAAAUUAGACUUCCCCGUCCCUCUCCGUAUAAAACAUCUGUCCAGUCUCAGUAUGAAUCACUCCACAAAUCCAGACAACCACUCCCAACCUGUGCACUUACUUCUGCUAAGAUGAACCAGUCUGAUGAAGAAAAGAGACAUGACAAGAGCAAGACUUGGCCUGCUGUCUCCUCCCGAAAAGUAACAAUGGAGAGAUCUUUAACAUUUCAGCCUCUAAUAGAAAAAAGGUGCUACGGACCAAAAUUACCCUCACCCUUAUGUCCUCUUCCAAUUCCUACCAGUUGUCAUUAUCGUCGUACCGCAUUCAGCACCGAGCAACUCCACUCCCGCAAACAGAGGACCCAGAGAACUGUGCUCACUCUGAAGCGCUUUGACCCCACGCUACAAAUAAUCAGCUUAAAGCCUGAACUAACAAAUAACAGGACAUCCACAGACCUCCUCACACGCCCUGCACACACUGUUCGUGUUUCACAUCCAAAACUGCACGUGAACCAGUACUACUCACUGUUCCACCAACAAAACUCCUGAAGACAGUUUUUAAACCAGAAAAAGUAUGCACAUACAAGUUUACAUAUCUUUACCUCUCUGUGCCCAUAUACAUAGGGCUAGUACUGUACUUGAACAUUGGUCUCUAGCCAAAGUUGAGAGAAAAUUAAAACUGUAACCUUUUGCAAAGUUUGCAAAGUGAAAAUCUCUUUGGAUGGUCUGUUGUCAUUUAUGAACCACCAAAAACAUGAACAAGAACAAGAAGCUGCUGGAACAUGGGUAACACUAUACACUGUCAAAAAGGUUGACAUUGCCAUGAGCAUAAAGGCUGCUGUACAAAGAAAGUCUCUGCUUGCUGUACGUGCACUUACCAAACACUUUAUUAGGAACACAUACUGUAUCUUGUACAUACAGUCAUUGACUCUUUUAUAAGCUCCACCUACUGCACAGAUCAACUUUGUACAAUUACCGACCAAUCAAUUAAAUAGACCCCCAAAGGACUCCGACUGACCAAAUGCUGUUUGGGUGGUGGGGUAUUCACAGCACUAACACUAACUAAUUUUAAUAACAUUGUAGUGUGUGUUGUAGGACUGUAUCUGUUGCAGCAGUGUUGCUGGUAUUUUUAAACAUACUACAACAAGUGUUGACAGGGUGUGUUCCUAAUAAAGAGGCCAGUAAGUUUAAACAGUAUAAAUGCCAACAACACUCCUGCAUUGUUAGCUAGUGCUUUUUAACCUGGUUCCUUUUUGCUUAUAAGCUGGUUAUGUUUUUCCCCCCAAAUAGUUGAAUUAUUUGUCUCCAGUCAGAGAAAUGAGAACUGAAUUAGGUUUAGUAUGAGGUAAUAGAUGCAAAGUUAAGUUAUACAGAUUUCAUCUAUUUAAACGUAUUUUAUAAAAUGUGUUUAAUAAAUAAAUAUAUUUAUUCUUAAAACCAUGUAUGUUUAGUUUUGUACCACUAGAGGACUACUCAAGUCUUAUUUGUGUGUGUGUGUGUGUGUGUGUGUGUGUGUGUGUGGAAACACAACAUUGCUGCAAUUCUUGACAUAUAAU